AUGGAAAAAUCACUGAAGGCAUCGUUACAAUCAGCGAUUGAAAAGGUGCACGCAGCAACAGAAGCAAAAUAUAAGACGUUAGAAGCCAUAAACGAGCACACGCGUACGAUGAAGCAAACAAUUGAUGAAGGCGAGAAAGGUGAUUGGGCUAAUGUGACAAGCGCCUUCGAAGCAGCCGAAAAGGCAACGAGAAGCAGCGCCGGAGAGGAGGCAGAUGCUCGGAAUUAUUUGGAUAAUGUCAGGAAGAUAAUAAAAGAUGCAGAAGCGGAGCACAUGACGCGUAACAACCCUUUGCUUCAAAAUGCUCAGGAAACAGUCCACAAGCUCAGUCGGCAGCUGGACGAAAUGAAUCUUGUAAUCAAGAAAACGCGUGAGGAAGGCCGCAUUCUUAAUCAGUACAAAUCACUGAUUGAUAAAAGCCGUAAAGAGUUUGCGUCGGAGCUGAAAUCAGUCCUUCCCGAUGUUGACAUACAUGCACAAGAAGCCGCGUUGAGCGAAGAUGAAUUAAAUGCGUUGGUUGCGCAUGCACAUCUUAAAGUUCGAGAGAAGCAAAAUAUCGCACUUGCUUUGGAAGAGCAAAAAAAGUCGCAAAAGGAGCUUUCUGAGGAGGAAAUGAAUUUGAGAAUGCAAGCAGUUCGGGAGGAGAUGCAAUCUGAAACUGAAAAAAUGCUUUCAAUGAAAAGGACACUUUGGGAAGCGGAGCUGAAAGAGAAGCUUCAGAGAGCAGCUGCAGCCCAUUCAGGACAUAUCGAAGAAGUUGUGCGCGCACAACGAAAUCUCUUUGAAAUUGAGCAGAAGCAGAAGGUCGAAGAAGCGGUUGCACUGGAGCGUGCUCAGCACAGCAAGCAGCUAGCAGCUGCUCAGGGAAGAUUAGAAGGAAUUCAAAUUGCUUUGAAAUCUCGACUAUUGCAAGAUGCCGAAAAUCGUCAUUCAAAGCAAAUAUGGAUAGCUUCACAAAACUUGGUAGAUUCCAUAGUACAUGGACGUCGGGGUGGUACUGAUUGCGACAGCCGACGCAAACCGCUGGCAGCCGAACUGCAAAUGAUACGGGAAGCCAAAAGUGAUGACGAAUUUGUGGAGCGUUUGGUGGAGGUGCUUCCAAAUGAAACAAUCUACAAUGGAGUGUAUACUGAAGAAGAUUUGAAAUCCAGGUUUAGUAAGCUGUAUAAAAUUUGUCGUCGGGUGGCAAAAAUGGAUGAAAACAGUGUAGGCCUUUUCCAUUAUGGCUUAUCGUGGCUACAGAAUGCUGUGUCUUUCGAUGCACCCGGGAAAUGUUCCAAAACGGAUAAAUUCGAUCCGCUGACGUUGGAUUCUUAUGAAAUCUUAUCAAGGGCGAAAAAUUUUGUCUCAGAGGGAGAUCUGAAUUCGGCUGUACGUGUGUUGCAGCUUUUGACGGGUCCAGCGAAGCAUUUGGCACAUGAUUGGAUAAGCGAUGUACGGGCGCACCUUGAAGCUCGCUUUAUUGCCGAACUGUUGGUUGCACAUGCAGCUGGGCGUCGCAUGUUGCAUGAGGUUUUCGGCUGA